AUGUUGGGCUGUGGAUUCAGAGCAUCGUUUUGCAGAGCAACCGAGGGACGGCGGUUGUGCAAUUUCCUCAAACGGCUGACAAUUUUCUUGCUGCUACUGGUUGGCCUCCCAGGAGCCUACGUCUACAAGAAACUGACUGCACGGAAAGGCUCGCAUAACGAUUAUACUUGUUUGAAUAAAAAUCACCGGGACGUGACGCUCGCCAUCAAGUCUUUCAAUAAAAUUCUUGCUGCAAGACUGAUUGCCGCCAGCGACCAGCCGAAGCUUCAAUUCGCAGAUGAUGAUACCUGGGUUGAGGUGUUCCCGGAUGCUUUCGUGUACUCGGCGUUUCUGGAAGAAAGGCAGGCUGGAACGUGGCAAGUACGCUUGAUCAGUGUUGUUCGCAAAGAUCUCGCCAUGCUACGGCGCACUCCUAUUGACGUACAGUGCUGGGUUGGUGCCGGGACAGCGGUCUUCCUUGCUGAGGCGGGAUUCCGACUGGUCCCCGAAGAUCACGACCUACAGUAUUCAGCCGCCUUUUUCACGUGUCCCGUAAAACUUCCGUCGGAAGUUAUAGACCACCCAACAGUGCGAGUCGCUCUUGGUUCACAUUGGAACAUGACUCGACCAAAAUGGGUCAAGGUCCAUAAGGCUGGAAACAGUUCCCUCAAGUUCUGUUCCGUGUGCGUAAGACCAAUCAACGUCCAAUUUAACCAACUCUCCUUGAUUACAGAGUUUAUUGGUUACUACACUUCCAUGGGUGUCAGUCGCUUCGACUUUUACAUUUAUGACGUUUCCAAAGAAGCCGCACUUCUCUUGUCUCAUAUGAAGGGUCAUUCAGGUGCCCUGAUCCAGCUGCACAAGUGGAACCUCAGCCUCAACAAGUCUCUCAUUCUAGAGUGCGGGCAGUUGGCCGCCGUUCAGGACUGCAUCUACCGCUCAAGGUUUGUUUCAGAGUACCUCAUCAGCGUAGACUUCGACGAAUUUCUUGUCCCCAGAAAAAAACGUUCUAUUCCCGAAGCACUUCUCAGCGUAGAAACAGCAGUCGGCAGAAACGUUCUAGGAAGCAUGGUCAUUCAGAACCAGUUUUUCUGCAGGGAGUAUCCAUACAACUCAGCCCUUCUCCGUCAAGUGCCCCCUUUACUCUCGCUAAUAGAGAACGUCCGUGAAGCGAUACCCUGGGAGCACAACGUUCGAUCCAAGUACAUCACUAGGCCUAACGCCACUGUGGUCGGUGGAGUUCACUUCGUAUGGGAGCAUCGUCCAGGGGUAAGGAAACUGCAUGUUCCUGCGGACGAGAUUGUGCUACAUCAUUACCGAACUUGCUGUGGACUUACGAAGAGUGCCUGGCUAGGUUUCUUUCCAUAUGACUUUUUGCAAGAGGAAGAGGUCGAAGAUGACAAGUCAAUGUACGCGUUCUCGAGGAAUCUCAUGAAGUCGAAUGCCGUUUUGUUUGUAAAGAGUCUUCUGCAGGAGGCAAAGACAGACGAGUCAUUGCACAUAACAUAA